AUGGCCGCUGCACAGCUUCCUUUUGGCAAACGCCUCGCUGCCAAGACCUCUUGGCCCAUGUGGAAAAUUCUCCCUCUCGUCGGGCUUCUCCUCAUCAUUACAAUUCCUCUUGGGGCAGUUUUAGGCGUCGUCUAUUCCCGCAAGGAUCAUGGGUCAGAAAAGCAUGAUCGUGCCACGAACAAAAGACACAACAAAACAGACAUCUGGCAACCCAAAGUCGGGGAAUCUUGGCAGAUUGUGCUUCUCGAUCCCAUUGCGAUUGAUGAUGGCGGCAAAGUCGAGCCCAAUGUAGCAAUCUACGAUGUAGAUCUCUUCGACAAUGAUGCCGACACUUUCAAAGCUUUGCACAAGACUGGCAAGAAGGUCAUAUGUUACUUCAGUGCAGGGACAUAUGAGAACUGGAGAGACGAUAAGGACCAGUUUGAAGAAGCUCACUUGGGUAAAGAGCUUGAGGGUUGGUCUGGUGAACGUUGGGUCGAUGUUCGCAACAGAAAGGUACGCGACAUCAUGAAGAAACGCAUCGAGUAUGCUGCAAAGAAGGGCUGUGAUGCUAUUGAUCCCGAUAACGUCGAUGGUUUCCAAAACGAUAAUGGUCUUGGCCUUACUCAAGACGAUGCUGUUGAUUUUGUCAAAUUCCUAUCCGAGACAGCUGCCGCCUAUAAUAUGUCUACGGGUCUGAAAAACAAUGGCGAUAUUAUCCCUGAGGUUCUUGACGUCGUGCGCUUUUCAGUCAACGAACAGUGCAUCGAGUAUUCAGAGUGCGAGACAUUUGCGGCCUUUAUAAAAGACGGGAAACCCGUGUUCAACAUAGAGUAUCCUGCAGGAGCUCCCGAUAGGGUUCUAGACUCAACGGUUAAUGCGAUAUGUGGCAAUUCGAGCAACGCCACAGGCACCAAGGACUUCAGUACGGCUAUUAAAAAAAUGAAUCUGGACGGUUGGGUGCGAUAUUGUGACGAGAGGUCAUACACAACCGAUCUGAAAAAGUCUAAUUGA